CCGAAGGCAUCCUGGGAAAUUCAGUUCCCGCGAAAUUUGUCUGGCGCCAGAAAUUUUCUCUUGCAGUUUUGGUUACCUUCGUGUUUUAAUCUGUGAUAAUUCGACAUUUUGAUCUUAAAUUACCCAGCCACAAAUUCGAUAGAAAUGUUGGGUAGAAUGGAAAGUUCGAGGGACGCAGAAUUUCGUAUUUUCAAGGGAAAUGGCCAGGUACAGCGACCAAGGAGUGGCCCGCGUUAUGGUGAACGUGAAGAAAGACAAUCACGGAAUGGCGACCGAGGAAGACAUCAUGAAUCUGAGCGGCGUCGGGAAAACAGAAGCGAUCGGAGUGACAACAGACGGCCAUUUCGAGAUAGGAGCUAUGAGAAGAUGACAAAUGACAGGAGUUCUUGUUACAAGCCACAUGUUUACCGGCAGAAGGAGCAGAAUCGCACUACAGACAGUCCUACUGCCUACAGCACCAAAUGUGGAUGGGAUGAGAUGGCAGAGGAGUUUGAGAAACAGACCAGCAUCAUUCAGGAUGAACUAGAGCGGUAUAAGAGGAAGCAUCAUAGGUCUAACUCCACAGGAAGUGACGACCCACAAAACAACAGUAAUCCAAACCCAACCAUCUGUGAGACUGACCAAGUCACUCUCAUGAGGAGACAGAAGCAGAUUGACUAUGGCAAAAACACACUGGCGUACGACAACUACAGCCAGAACAUUCCCAGACAUGGCCGUAAAAAGGAUGAUCCGUGGACUCCCACUAAGUUUGCUGUGUGUAGCCGACGUGCGUGGGAUGGACGGAUUAAGGAAUGGCGCAAAAAACUUCAUAACUGGGAUCCUGAUCAUGAUAUGGGUCAAGUCAGUGUGUCAGCUGGAGGUGUUGUUGAGGAGGAGGCCUGUUUGGACGAUGUUCCUGACCUGGAGCUGUUGGACCCCAUGGACAUUGACAAGGAGACCUUCACCAUCUAGCAAGUUAACUAAAGAAUUCAAAGUCCAAAAACUCACUUUCAUAUUAUAGUUUGUAACCGUACAUCUCAGUAUUUUCAAGUUACUGCAUAAGAUUGCAGAUUGAUUUUUCAGUUUCUCAUCUCUUGUGUAUAUAUGAAUAUUACCUAACAUCCUAGUACCUUGUGCACAUUCUCACCCUUAGAAUACAGUUCUCUAGGGUUGAUGGACAUACAUAAUACGGAUGUUUUAAAACCAGUGUACUCAAAACAUCUUUGGAAUAAAGUUUUCAGUUUCCUUAAU